UCGCGCAUGCGCAUCGGAAACAAUCCAAUAUGGCGACAGCAACCUAGCAAUUCUCGGACAAGAGAUUUCGGAAAGACGAAUUUGGAAAUUUCAAUCUUUAAUGAAACUCAUAAUCAAAACGUUCACUAAACUCAUCAACAAAGUACCGGGAAAGCGAAUAUUCGGCGAGUUUCGAUUUCUACCGAUAUUUUUUAUUUUGGGAGCCACUUUGGAAUAUUCCAUGAUCCACUGGCAUGUCGGAGAGGUUAACUUCUACAAGACAUACAAGCGUCGAAGGGUGGAGGAAUUAGUGGAGAAGAGAUUACAAGAGGAACUAGAACAGCAAGCGAAGAGUUAGAAUUUUGUGUGCCGAGAUAGUGCGCAAUGGUAUCUCGAACGCGGUACGUCAUAUUUUGUGCAUCAGCGUUGCUCACGAUGCUGAUGGGUUCGCAGUGG